AUGGCAUCCCAAGCAAUUUCCAAAAUAUUUGUUGUUGGAGGGACCGGUGCCCAGGGUAUAGCAGUCAUCUCAGGUCUAGUGCGCGAUAAAAAGUACCACGUUAGGGUACUCACUCGCAAUAAGACAUCCCAUCGUGCUAAACAGCUGGAAUCUCUUGGAAAUGUUGAAUUUAUCGAAGGCUCAUUUGCCAACGAAUCCGAUCUUCGCGCGGGUUAUCGCGGUUGCGACGGCGCGUUUAUUAAUAUAGAUGGGUUUAACUGCGGGGAGAAAACCGAGACCUAUUGGGCAAUUCGCGCCUAUGAGCUCGCUAUUGAAGAAGGCAUAAAAUUCUUUGUCUACGGAAACCUGGACUAUGGGUAUAAAAAGAGUGGGUAUGAUCCAAAGUACCGCUGUGGGCAUUAUGAUGGAAAAGGACGGAUUGCGGAAUGGGUACUUUUCCAGAACCAAUUUAACCAAGGUCGGAUGAAGGCUGCUGUUUUUACAAGCGGCCCAUACAUCGAAAUGGCAAUUGCGAGUGGGACACCUGUCUCUCCGACAGUGGAAGAUGAGAUUAUUACGUGGCGGUUGCCACUAGGUUCGGGCGCUAUACCCCAUGUGUCUCUAGACGACUGCGGGUAUUAUGUCCGAUGGAUGUUUGACACCAUCGACAAAGCAAACGGAUUGAACCUGGAAGUUGCGAUCGAACACGUCCAUUAUGAUGACCUAGCUCGUGCUUUUGAAGCAGUCACAGGCCAUCCGGCGCGGUUCAUUGAUGUUGACCUGGACACCUACUGGACAAAAGGACCUUUAAGCACGACUGCAGAGCUGGGCGGUGGCUACAACUCUGAUCCCAGUGACCCAGCUUUCAUGACCGUUCGGCAGAAUUUCACUGGUUUUUGGAAUCUGUGGAAGGACUCUGGCAGGAAUCAAGGGAUAAUCAAGAGAGACUACAAGCUGCUCGAUGAGAUCCAUCCAAACAGAAUCAGAACUGCUGAGCAGUGGUUUCGGUUGAUAAAUGAUCAAGGAGUCAAGGAUGGUAGUGGUUCUCUAUGGGAAAGAGUGCAGCCGGAGAAUAUGAGGCCCAUCUUGAAGCUAGCUGAGGAUGGGAUGAAGGGGUCGCUCUGA